AUGCAACCACAGAUCCUAGUGCUGAAGGAGGGGACGGAUCAGUCCCAGGGCAAGCCGCAGCUUAUUUCCAACAUCAAUGCAUGUCAGCUAGUUGUGGAUGCGGUUCGCACCACAUUGGGCCCUCGCGGCAUGGACAAGCUUAUCGUGGAUCACGGUGGCAAGGCUGUCAUAUCAAACGAUGGUGCCACCAUAAUGAAGCUUUUGGAUAUUGUUCACCCUGCGGCCAAGACACUGGUGGACAUUGCCAAGUCGCAAGACGCCGAGGUUGGUGAUGGAACCACAUCUGUUGUGAUUCUUGCUGGUGAGCUUCUUAAGAGGCUGAAGCCUUUUGUUGAGGAUGGUGUCCACCCCCGCAUCAUCAUCAGGGCGCUGCGCACAGUUUCGCGCUUGGCGAUCGAGCGCAUCCAGGAGUUGGCGGUGAAGAUCGAGAGCCAGUCACCGGAGGAGCAAAAAGAGCUCCUGCGCAAGUGCGCGGCCACCGCCAUGUCCUCCAAGCUGAUUCAUCAGCAGAAGGACCACUUCUCCAAGAUUGUUGUGGACGCUGUGCUGUCCCUGGACGCUCCACUUCUGCCCCUCGAUAUGAUUGGCAUCAAGAAAGUGUCUGGUGGCGCUCUAGAGGACUCCUUCCUCGUCUCCGGGGUGGCCUUUAAGAAGACCUUCUCAUAUGCCGGUUUCGAGAUGCAGCCCAAGAGUUACAAUGACUGCAAGAUUGCCCUGCUCAACAUUGAGUUGGAGUUGAAAGCAGAGAGGGAUAAUGCUCAGAUCCGUCUGGACAAUGUGAGGGAGUACCAGAAGGUGGUGGACGCCGAGUGGCAGAUUCUUUAUGAGAAGCUGGCAGCGUUACACGAGAGCGGUGCCAAUGUGGUGCUCAGCAUGCUUCCCAUUGGGGAUGUAGCUACACAGUACUUUGCUGAUCGCGACAUGUUCUGCGCGGGCCGCGUGGUGGCCGAGGACCUGCGCAGGACGCAGCGCGCGUGCGGCGGCGCCGUUCUCAGCUCGGUGCGCGACAUGAAGCCCGAGUCGCUCGGCCGCUGCGCUCAAUUCACCGAGCGCCAGGUGGGCGGCGAGCGGUACAACAUAUUCACCGGGUGCCCGGCCGCCAAGGCGUGCACCGUGGUGCUGAGGGGAGGUGCCGAGCAGUUCCUCGAGGAGACGGAGCGCUCGCUCCACGACGCAAUCAUGAUCGUGCGCAGGACCAUCAAGAAUGAUGCAGUGGUGGCAGGCGGCGGCGCCAUCGACAUGGAGAUCUCGAAGCGGCUGCGCGACCACUCGCGCGGCGUGGCCGGCAAGGAGCAGCUGCUGGUGGCGGCGGCGGCGCGCGCCUUCGAGGCGAUCCCCAGGCAGCUGGCGGACAACGCGGGCCUCGACGCCACGGGCCUGCUCAACAAGCUGCGCCAGCGCCACCACGCGGGCGACGUGUGGUUCGGCAUCGACAUACAGAAGGAGGACAUCGCGGACAAUUACGUCAACUGCGUCUGGGAGCCGGCCGUGGUGAAGAUCAACGCGGUGACGGCGGCCUGCGAGGCGGCCACACAGAUCCUUUCUGUUGACGAGACCAUAAAGAACGUGAAGGGAGAGGCGCCGCCACAGAUGCCGGGGCGCGGCAUGGGCCGUCCCAGGAUGGGU